AUGGCUUCCGCGACUCCAGCGACCUGCAAGGUCGUGCUUGCUGCUACAGUUGCAAAAGGAUUGUUGGCAGAGGUCACUGAAGGUCUUUCUAAACUCAAUAUCAAGCCCAAGUUGGUGGGGUUCUUAGCAAAUGGGGACCCAGCUGCUCAGGUUUAUGCCGAUUACUGUGCGAAGACGUGCAGAGAGAACGGCUUUGAGUUCGACCUCCGAGUUGUUGAAAAGGACAAGAUCGAACAAGCAAUCAUUGAAGCCAACGCCGAUAAGACCGUUCACGGCAUCAUCGUUUACUAUCCCAUCUUCCCUCGAACCUCGGGUCAAGACCGCUAUAUUCAGAACCUCGUCGCUGCCGAGAAGGAUGUUGAAGGUCUGUGUCACAAGUACCUCUUUAACAUGUAUCAAAACAUCCGUUUCCUGGACGAGCAAAAUACCCAGAAGUCCAUCCUUCCCUGCACACCCCUCGCCGUAAUCAAGGUCCUUGAAUACCUCCAAAUCUACAACUCAAUCCUUCCCUAUGGUAACCGACUGUUCGGCAAGACAGUCACCGUUAUCAACCGCUCUGAAGUUGUCGGCCGACCACUUGCUGCUCUCCUCGCCAACGAUGGCGCGAAAGUCUAUUCCGUCGAUUUGGAUGGCGUGGAUCUUUUCACCCGAGGCCAAGGGAUCAAGGCACCUCGUCACCAAGUGCACAAGCAAGAAGGCUGGGGUUUGAAAGAGUGUCUCCCAAUAAGUGACGUCGUCAUCAGUGGGGUCCCAGGCGACCAAUUCAAGGUUCCAGUUGAGCUGGUUCGAGAUGGAGCGGUCUGCAUCAAUUUCUCAAGUGACAAGAACUUCGAUAAUGCGGCGGUUAAGGAGAAGGCAAGCAUCUAUGUCCCAGCGAUUGGCAAGGUCACUAUUGCUGUGUUGCUGAGGAAUCUAUUGGUAAGUGCUUGA